CCUCGACCUCUCUCUAACCUGCCUCUCUCUCUCCUCUCACCCCUCCUCCGCUCUCCAAGUGUUCUCUCUCAUGAAAACCCGAAACCUUGCCCCGUCUCUCCUGACCUUCAACACCUUCCUCCUCUCUCUCUCCUCCUCUUCACUUCCCCUUUCUCUCUCUUACUCCCGCUCUCUCCUCUCUGAUAUACGCUCUCUCUCUCACCCGCCUUCCACUUCUUCUUACAACAUUCUGAUUUCUGCUCUUUGUAAUCGCUCCCGGCUCUCAAGUGCUCUCUCUCUCUUCAAGGACAUGCCCACUUUCUCUCUCUACCCUGACACUGUAACUUACAAUUCCCUAAUCCAUGCAUUUUGCAAGAGGGGGCUCUUAAUGGAAGCUCGGGAUCUUCUUGCUCGAAUGAAAAAGACCGAAAUUCCACCGAAUCGAAUCACUUAUAACACCAUUGUUGCAGGUUAUUGCAAGCUUGGAAGAGUUAAAGAAGCUGUGAAGCUUGUGGACCUCAUGUCUCAGAGCAACCAGGUUUUGCCUGAUAACUGGACUUAUAACACACUAUUGAGUGGUCUCUGUGACCAAGGGAAGAUUGAUGACGCCAUUAAACUCAGAGAUGACAUGAUGGGUAAGCUCAGAACUCCUCCUGAUGCUGUAACUUAUAACACCAUUAUUAGUUCUUGCUUCUGUUGGGGUCAGAGCAAUCGUGCUUUCGAGGUUUUCAAAGAGAUGGUUUCGAAAGGGGUGGCUCCUAACUCUGUAACUUACAAUAUUCUGGUUAAUGGUUUGUGUAAAGAUGGGAAGUUUGAUUCGGCAAAUGCAUUGUUGAAAAAAAUGGUUGGUGAUGGUUUCUUGCCUGAUUCUGUAUUAUACAACACUCUGAUAGAUGGGUAUUGUAAAAGUGGCGGACUGAUUGAAGCUUUUAAGCUAUUGGAUGAGAUGGUAUCAAAAGGAUUGAGAAUGGAUACUUUCACUUUCAAUACUCUUCUCAAUUGUCUAUGCGAGGGGAAGAGAGUAGAUGAUGCAUAUGAUAUGCUGGUUUCUUCGCAUGAAAAGGGAUUUGUUUCUGAUGAAGUUAGCUAUGGAACUGUGAUAAAUGGGUUUUGUGAGAAAGAAAGUGUGGAUAAAGCUAUGGUUGUUUGGGAUGAGUUGAUGAAAAAUGAGAUUUUUCCAAGUGUUUCCACCUUCAAUUCGAUCAUUAAGUGUCUCUGCAAAUUGGGUCGGACCAGUGAUGCCAUGUCGAAGUUCAAAGAGAUGUUGGAGAGAGGAUUGGUUCCUGAUGGUACCACUUAUAAUACUCUCAUCCAUGGCUUUUGCAGAGAGGGAAGACUGGAGGAAGCCUUUCAGUUUCAUAACCAGGUGGUCGAGAAGUCUUUCAAGCCCGAUGUGAUCACGUGCAAUAUUUUGAUUCAUGGGCUUUGUAAUAGGCGGAUGGUGGAUAAGGGUAUUAAGCUUUUUGGAAUGUGGGUUUCUAGAGGAAAGACUGUGGAUGCCAUUACCUAUAACAUAUUGAUUAGAGGGCUCUGUUAUGAAGGCAGGAUUGAAGAUGCAAUAAAGCUUUUUGAGGAAAUGAGGGAGAAGAAAUUGGGUCCUGAUAAAUUUUCUUAUAAUGCAAUUCUUCGUGGGUUAUCUAGAGCUGGAAGAAAAGAAGAGGCAGAGAAUCUGUUUAGGAAGAUGAUAGAGAGUGGAGUUUUACCAGACCAGAUUACCUAUGCAGUAUUGGGAAAGUCUCACUCUAAGGAAUCUAAGCAUGAUAGCCAAUGCCUAGAUGAAGAGUCGGAAUCCAAGUUUUAUGAAAAUAACAUCAAAAAAUUAUGUAGUGAGGGUAGGUUUGAGGAAGCAAAAUAUGUUAUGGAAGAAUUGGUGCAUAAGGGCCUCUCAAUACCUAGCUCCACAUAUGUAGCUUUGAUGGAUGGGUUCAUCAAUAAACAGAAUAGAAUUGUGGAGGAGGGGUAUAAGAUAGCAUUGUGUGAUUAAAGCUUGCUCUAAUUCUCAUGGAACUCAGAGGGGCUACCAUACUGAAGGAGCUUGGAAAUUGCAGAAAUUUGGUUCUUCAAGGCAUUCAAAGGUUGCAUUCACUUCUCAAAAGUUGCGGUGGUGACCUUGAUGACUGUCAGGUAUCUUUGAAAAUUUCAGGUUUGUGUAGAGGAUUUGGGUGGUUGGGACCAGACAGGGUUCCAUCUUUUGGAGUCAGAUUUGAAACCUAUGAACUUUUGACUGGUUCUCAUAAAGAUUUGAUGGAGGAAUGAAGAUUCCUAAAGAAACAUGAGGGCAUGCUGCAGAGGCAGAAUAUGAGGCCAGUGAAGAAGAACUGAUUUACCAGGUUGAUUAUUGUGGAGUAAGAACCCAUCCUACUCCGAACCGUAGUCCUUUUCUUUUUUUAUGUCACCAAAUUCAAAUACAAACUCUUGGAUUCUCCACAUCUUGUGCUUAUAUCUUGUCUAUAAAAUUACUGGAGAUGAGAAAAUAUGAAGUUUCUAUGUUUCAAA